AGCGCUGGAGGUUUUCGGGGCAAAAGUGUCUUUAGAGCUGACCCGGAGCAGGAGACAGAUCUCGGCGGAAAGAAAGCUUUUCCCCCCUCCUUCUCCUUCGGCCGUGGACCGUCUUCAUUUCGUCGCCUGCAACCAAUCCCCCUCCUCUUCAUCUUCCUCCUCCCCCCACCCCGGUCCUCCCCAUCCAACCAUGAAAGCGAUCAGCCCGGUGCGGUCCGUCAGGAGCUGCUACGAAGCCGUGUGUUGCGUGUCUGAUCAGAGCCUCGCCAUCGCCCGGGGCAGCAGCAACAAGAGCCCCGCUCUGGAGGAACCCAUGAGUAUCCUCUACGACAUGAACGAUUGUUACUCCAAGCUGCGGGAGUUGGUGCCGGGCAUUCCGCAAGGCAGUAAAGUCAGCCAGGUGGAAAUCUUGCAACACGUCAUCGAUUACAUCUUCGAUCUCCAGAUCGUGCUGGAGGAGCAGGCGAAGAAGGGGCAGGAUCCCUCGACCGAGGCUUCUCUCCUCUCCUUAAAAGCAGCUGAACUUGCAUCAGAACUCUGCUCAAAGGAGGAACGGACCCUUUGCCACCACUAAAGGCUUUCACAGGCUGCAGGUGUGGGAUCCUGACACUGGGUUCUCUCCAGCGAAAGAAAAAGGGGGAGGAGAAAAAAAAAGAAGGAAGGAAAAAUAAAAUAAAAGACCUUGACUGGAGAAAGAAUCAGCUGCUCCGAAACUGGGCAUCCCCCUAAAAUGGACGGACUUUUAUCUUCCAGAUAAACUGUGGAAGGAGAUCACCCAAGGCAGAUUUCUGGACUGGGUCUUCCAAAAACAACUUUAAAAAAAAAUACUUCUGUGUUACUUUUAUCUUCCAUCAGCCUGAAAA